AUGCACGCUCAAACACUCGCCACCAUAUCCCUCCUCAUCAUCACCGUCACCACCGCCAGACCCCUCACAACCCGCCAGACCAACGCCUGCUUCAUCAUCGGUGACACCGCCCUCCCCGCCGAAGUAGCCGACACCGCAACAUCAAUCUCCUCCUCCAUCACCUGCUCCUCCUCCGCCACAACCCUCUCGGGCGUCCCCGACGUCACCUCCGGCUCCAUCAGCUUCUCCUCCAUCGACUUCACCAACAACCCGCUCGCCGACACGGAUCUGAAGCGGUUUCAGGACAGCUUGAAUGUCUACCUUGCUACCGAGGUUGGGGUGCGCAGUGUGGAUGGUGGGUUGGCGAUCAAGGUGCCCAAAUUCUUCUUGGAGUUUCAGGUUAGCAGGAUACAGACGGCGCAGGGGAACGCGCCGGUCGAGGCCGGGUUGCAGGUGGAUCAUUUGAGGGAUAAGGUGCUGAAGAAUGCGGCGGGUGAGGAUGCAAGUUUGUUGGAUGAGGUGAGGAGUUUGGCUGGGGUAUUGAGCUAA